CGAGAGACAAAAGAAGAUUUAUUAUUUUCAAUUCCAUCAUAAAUAAUAUUCAAUUCAUCAUGACAACGAUAUCAUCUCAUCUAUUGUUACUCGCUGUUACGAUUUUAGUUAUUGGAGUGCUAACAGUGUCAGCAGAAAAUGAAAUAUUUGAGAGUCGCGGUAUCAAGAGUGUAAAUGGAGAUAAAAGGCCAUUCUUUGUGGGUAGUCGAUAUGGAAGGUCGCAGUCCGAUAUAUCAAAUAUGGACUCAAAAACAUCAAUUGGACGAAUGGUUCCAAGAAAUGACAGAUUCUUUUUUGGAUCACGAUAUGGGAAGCGAUCAGUUCCAAUUCAAGGAGUCGAUGAAGAUAAUAAUCAACCCAUAACGUGCUUUUAUACAGGAAUCACUAAUCUCUUUCGAUGCGUAGAAAGCGUCGAGGAUCAACAGAAAUAAGAAUGAAAUCAAUUUGAUGUCAAAAUGAUGAUUAAAUAAUAGAAAAAUCCUCCAUCUUUUAUGCAACA